AUGAGGAAUGCUGACAGAAAUAAGACUGAUAUCAUCUUCAUCCUUUUAGGAUUCUCUGAUUACCCAGAGCUCCAGAUCCCUUUAUUCCUGGUAUUCCUGGUGAUAUAUAUAAUCACUGUAACAGGAAACUUGGGCAUGAUUGUGAUCAUCAGGAUUAACCCCAAACUCCACACCCCCAUGUACUUUUUCCUUAGUCAUCUGUCUUUUAUAGAUUUCUGUUACUCUACUGCAAUUACACCUAAAUUGUUACAAAUCUUGGUUGUGGAAGACAGAACCAUCUCUUUUACUCCUUGCAUCAUGCAAUAUUCAUUUGCUGUCAUCUGUGUGGUCACAGAGGCAUUCUUAUUAGCAGUGAUGGCCUAUGACCGCUUUGUGGCAAUUUGCAAUCCAUUGUUAUAUAUAGUUGUCAUGUCCCAGAAACGCUGUGCCCUAUUGAUGACAGCAGUAUAUACAUGGGGGAUAAUUUCUUCUAGUGUAUUUAUCUACUCUCUCCUUAUAAGGUCAUUUUCUAAGACCAAUAUCAUUAAUAAUUUUCUAUGUGAGUAUUCUGCUAUUGUUUCUGUCUCUUUUCCUGAUCAACGUAUUGUAGAGACAAUCUUUAUUAUCCUUGCUAAUUUUAAUACAUUUCUCACCCUCACUAUUGUACUCACAUCCUAUGUUUUUAUUUUUGUCACUAUCCUGAAGAUACAAUCAGUCAGUGGGAGAUAUAAAGCUUUUUCCACUUGUGCUUCCCACCUGACAGGUGUUACCAUCUUCUUUGGAAUCAUCCUCUUCCUCUACUGUGUUCCUAGUUCCAAAACUUCAUGGCUUCUCAUAAGAGUAAGCACUGUGUUUUAUACAGUGGUGGUCCCCAUGCUGAACCCCUUAAUAUACAGUUUAAGGAACAAUGAUGUAAAAGAAACUAUCACCAAAUUAAUGGAUCUUGCAGUUGGGUGCCACAAUGGAUGGGGUUUUGGCCCUGGGCUCAGCAGGCACUGA